AAGACAGAACUCUUGCGCCCUUUCGAGAGAGUUCUAAAGAGUCUACAUCCCGCCUUCGGAUAACGGAAAUUGUUAACAAAGAAAAAACAAAUCUCCACCCGCGAAGUGAAAAAUUCCGGCGGCGGAGACAACGGCAUCAAUAAAGGUUAUUUUCUCCAUUAAUUUCAAGAUGUCUUCAGUGAUUGCGAGUACGGCUGGAAUCCAAGUUAUGCUACCACUGGUGAGAUCAGAGGGGCAGCGUACAAGGCAGCCCAAACUUUUUGGAUCUUGUCCAAUCGGACCGAGGCCACUUAGCAUGCAGUUUCGACCAUUUGAUAGAAGACUAACAGUUUCUCAUGCAAUCCGAGCAAAGUUUGAUCCUGUAAGAUGGCGGCCACUUAACAUGCAGUUUCGACCAUUUGAUAGAAAACGACCUGCUUCUCAUGUAGGAUGUGCUGCCACUCUGAAUGCAAGAUGUGGUGCAGCAGUCGCUGAGCAAACCCAAACUGUCAAAAGGCAGCAAUCAACUAUUGAUCCUAUACAGGGUAUGGUUUCUGCUUUUGUUACUGCUUGUGGAACUAUGUUGUUAGACACCAAUCUUAUCUUGCAAAUCCCACUCAGUGAGGAAGGUGGAACAGACAACAUAAUCUGGGGAGCCUCAUCUUCAGGGAAGGAAAGACCACCACAACUCGACGAUGGUGGGACUGGACUUCCUCCCCAUGAUGGUAGUGGUGGCGGGGGUGGCGGAGGAGGUGACUUUUCUGGUGGUUUCUUCUUGUUUGCCUUUCUUGCUUUUAUGGGCUUCUUGAAGGAUAAAGAAAGAGAAGAAGAUGAAUAUGGAGAUAAUAGGAAAAGAAGAGAGAAUUAUCUGUGA